AUGCCUGAAGUAAUCCUCUACGUAGCUUCCAGCCUUGACGGCUACAUUGCCCGCCCCGAUGGCGCGGUGGACUGGCUUGAUGACAUACCCGAGCAGGGAGAAGGGCCGGCCGAAGAUUAUGGCUAUGGCGAGUUUAUCGCCGGGGUGGGUGUGGUGAUGAUGGGUCGGGCAACCUACGAGCAACUCCUGUCUUUCGACGUGGACUACCCUUACCCGGGCACGGAGGGCUUUGUCUUUUCCCGAACUCGGGCGGGCGAGCAGGAUGAAAACGUGCAGUUCGUUGAUGGCGCCGAUAUUCCAGGUCUUGUAAACCGGCUAAAGGCUUCUUCCGACAAGAACAUCUGGUUAAUCGGUGGCGGCCUGUUGGUGCAAGAGUUUCUGAAGCUUGAUCUUAUUGACCGUAUGGAGAUUUUCAUUCUGCCGGUUAUUCUGGGCGAAGGCAUCCCCCUGUUUCCGCCACCCACACCGCAAAUAAGCCUCAACCUUGUCGCAGUCCGGUCGCACGACAACGGCAUGGCACAAUUGACCUAUGUGCGGGCAUCUCAAUGUUAG